UCUCUUUCCCUCUUCUUCUCUCUCGUCGCUCAUAUCCGCUCGCUCGUCUGGCCGCUCCGGCUCUGUCCGGCACCGUUCGUCCUGUCAAACCCUCUGUCCGCGAAAAAAAAAAAGAAGGGUUGCACCGGGUCCGUGCGUGCGCGAGAGCUGCGUGUGAAGGUCGCGUGCGGGGCGGGGUCGUUUCUCUCGCGCGAAAAUCUCGUCGGUGUCGGUCGCCGAGGAAGAUGAAUUGAUCCGGCCCGCGUCCGGAAUAUCGUCGAUUUUUAUAAUUUCCUCGCCGGACUCGCGCACCGAUCGUCGCAACCCGAUCAGCACCAAUCGCCGAGGGAGAGGACCAACCAUGGAGGACGAUCUGCCGACCGAGUACGAUGUGGUCGUCGUAGGAACGGGCAUGACCGAGUCCAUCGUCGCCGCGGCGGCAAGCCGGAUCGGCAAGAGGGUCCUGCAUCUGGACAGCAACGAAUACUACGGAGGGCUGUGGGCUACAUUUAAUUUCGAUGGCUUGCAAAAGUGGAUAGAAGAUUUGAAAACUGUUAAAAGUAACACUAGGAAUACGAAUGUCAAUCUGAAGGCGGGCGAGAAAUUUUUGAAGGCUAGCGACCAGUACUCCACAGUCGAGAACAUCGGGGAGAUCUGGUACAUUUCCAACGAUGCGGAUCUACCUGACGUUUCUUCGAAGGACACCCAGACCGAGGGUUCCGGGGACAGCGGCGCGGUCGAGGGUGCGGAGAAGGCCGAUCAGGACAAGGCGGAGAAAAAGGAGAACGUGAAACAAUGGAGCAUAGACCGUAUCAAGAAGGAGUACAGAAGAUUUAAUAUCGAUCUGGCGCCUAAACUGUUAUUCGCCCGUGGUGAAUUAGUAGAACUGUUGAUUUCUAGCAACAUUGCGCGUUAUGCCGAAUUCCGCGCGGUCUCUAGGGUCGCCACUUUUAUGGACGGUAAACUUACCCAGGUCCCUUGCUCUCGCGCCGAUGUGUUCGCUAACAAAACGGUUAGCGUGGUCGAGAAGAGAAUGCUGAUGCAGCUUCUGACAUCCUGCAUGGAACAAGGCGCCGAUAGUCCAGAGUUUGAUGGUUUCCGUGAUAAAACGUUCUUAGAAUAUCUUAAUACGAAAAAUCUUACGCCUAUAGUGCAGCAUUAUGUUAUGCAAGCUAUUGCAAUGGCGACGAACAAAACGUCAUGUAGAGACGGCGUCGAUCGUACGAAGCAUUUUCUCAAUAGUCUUGGACGUUAUGGAAAUACGCCUUUCUUAUGGCCUAUGUACGGGAGCGGAGAACUGCCUCAAUGUUUCUGCAGACUGUGCGCGGUCUUUGGCGGAAUUUAUUGCUUAAAGAGACAAUUAGACGGCGUUGUAGUUAACGAGGAUAAAUGCAAGGCCAUUAUCAGUGGGAGACAGAGACUGGCUUUGGAGCACUUAGUCGUAGGGCAGGGACACUUGCCGCCAGAAAUCGUAGCCUCUGAGGGAGAAAAUCAAAUCUCGCGCGGGAUUUUCAUUACUGACAGGUCAAUUAUGCAAGGUGAGAAAGAAAGUCUAACUCUUUUGUACUAUCCGCCGGAAAAACCAGACCAGGAAGCCGUUACUCUAAUCGAAUUGGGACCAUCUACUAACGCUUGCCCUCAAGGAUUGUUCAUAGUUCAUAUGACAUGCAAACGUUCUAAGAACGCAAAGGAGGAUCUGGCGUAUGUCGUGAAUAAGUUCCUGAGAGCAAAACCGCUUGACCCCAAUGUUCUACGUAGUUCUUCUGAUUCUCAUACCCAAACAGUCUCUCCUGAUAAACGACAUCUUCAGGACGAUCGACGAGAGAAGGGAGAAACUGAGUAUCCGAUACCCCAGGUAUUGUGGUCUCUGUAUCUGAAUUUACCCGCGAGCGACAUUAAACUAAGCGAUUCUGCGCCAAGUAACAUACAUUUGUGUUCUGGACCGGAUCUUGAGCUUGAUUUCGACUUUGCUGUAAAUCAGGCCAAGAACAUUUUUAAGUCUAUGUAUCCAGAUGAAGACUUUCUGCCGCGCGCGCCCGAUCCAGAGGAAAUUGUUCUGGAAGGCGACGAAGCACCGGGUCCGAAAUUCGAGGGUGGUGAUAUCGUGGAGGCUGAGGAGAAGCAAGACGUCGAGAAGGCCGAGAAAGAGGAAGAGUGAACAACUCUCAUAUAAUGCUUUUGCGUCUAUUGUGGAAAAGCAGACGAGGCUUAUGCGCCCUUAGUGUCUUUUAUCUUUAUUGUUAUUGCAUUUCCUUAUGAACAUAUUUGAAAAAAAAGAAGAAAAAACUAGCAUGAGCUACAAAUUUUGAGAGACAGUAGUAACGAAAAGCUUUACGAUGUCAACGUUUUUUAAUUGUUCGUACACGUUGCUUUUUGGCAAUUUCGAGUAUUUUUAUCCUUAAAUCGCUUAUCUCCGACUCAUCUCACUUAUACAGAUGCAAUGCUUUCGCAUUUUACGUUUUAAAAAAGUGAGCUUCGGUAAGAAAGACACAGACUCGUUAGAAGAGCACAAAUGCGUUUAGGAAAGUGAAAAAGUUUACGAAAUUAUAUCACUGGUUGAUAUUUUAUAUUGCGAUUUCACACGUUAUAUAUGUUUUUUUAUAUAAUAAUUUUUACUGUGCAAUAAAACGGUGAGAAUAAAGUAAAUACCGAUGCAUUCUGAAAUCCAUUUUAGGUAGGCGUAGCAUUCGUAAUCACUAGAUUCAAAACAUACCUUGUACACCGUAUAACAAUACCAGAGAUAAUAAAAAUGGAAAAAUGUGGCGUCACGCUUUGAUACUUCAGUAUUGCAUACCGCAAUUUACAUAUAAAAUAUUGUAUGUGCACGAGCCAUUAGUUAUUUAGAUAGACGUCGUGACAUAUUGGGAUUGAUAGUUUGUAUUACAUACAUUAUACAUAAAUAAUAAAAAUAUCUUUAAUGCGCUGUCACAAUAUAUCUGUAAUAAACAUAAGAGAAAAAAUGCACAACUCGAUUUAAAUGAAUAAUUAGUUCUGGUGUAAUUGUUAUCUUUAGUAUGUCAUUUUGGAAUAUUUUUCUUCGUAAUUUUGUAUUGUUAUUUAGUGUUUGUUGAAAUGAAAGGAGAAGCACCAGUUAUUUUAUUAAAUUUUUACAUUUAUGUCACGCUAUUGUACUCAUCCAACGUGUUUGUGGCUUAAAUAAGAUAUUCAGUUCAGUUUAAUACUUUACUCUUAGAUGCAAAUACUUUCGAUCUACCGCUCACAUUCUGUAGUUUAUUUUCACGAAGAAGGAAUUAAGUUUUUAUUGCCUCAUUCGCUUUCACAAAUAAAACUAUUAAUGAGCUACAUAUUAAUGAGUUUUUCGUAAAAAAGUUCAGGGAAGUUCAAGGCUAUGAAAGGAGCAUUCCUUUUUUAUUUUAACAUUUAUGUUUAAGGCAUAUAUUUUUUAAUUGUUUCAUGCAAAAAUGCAGAUAUCAGCAUGUUUUCUCGAUACAAAGUAUUUGUACGAUUGCAAACCAUGGUUUACUAUUUAUUUGGGUUGAAAAUAUGGUUAUUUAUUUGUGUUAGUUUUCUUAAGUAUAAAAAUAAUCGUAUAUAUUUUUUAUUUUUGUAAUAGUUAUACUUUAUAAAGAAACUGAUGAGCU